AAUUGAAUGUUUUAAUUCUAUGGUACUCAAUGACCAGCAACAACAAAUAACAAAGCAGACACAAACUUCAAAUAAGGUUUAAGUAAAUACAGAACAGCUGGUACAGUAUCUAGACAGACAAUGAAAAUAGUAAAUGUAUGUGGAUGCUUUUGAAAUAUAAAAAUGAUGUUGCAAAUUUCACACUUAACCUCUAAAUUCAGUUGAAACGAAAAAAGCGAUUAAAAAAAAUCGAUAAAAAACACACAAUGGAUAGCGUGUUUGAACGGCAAAUAACUGAUUUUGGCUGUGGACUUUUUAGCAGCAACACAAAAUAGCAAUUAUCAGGUGAACUGUGACCUUCAGGUCAAACCCCAAUGCUCGCUCCGGUAUCACGCGCAAAGUUUCAAGAACGAUUACAAGUCCUUCUGUGUUCGUGGUAAGCAGUAGUAAAAGAAAAUCAAAAAGAAAAUGUGGAGCGACAAGAUUACUCGAUUUGUAAUUAUUUUGUGGGGGGAGCAUAAAUCCAGUGGCCAACUGCAAGGCAAUAAAAAGUUAAUAAUUGACCGGGUUGAGAAAGAGUUCAAUUUACAGCACUCCAACUGACAAACAAGCUCAAAAACUUGCAAAGGAGUUUUACGCAAGCUAAAGACCACAACAGUAAGUCAGGAAGGGAACGAAUAACGUGCCCCCUCUACGAUUUGUUGGACAAAAUUCUGGGUGAUUGGGCCUUGCACGCUCCCCCUUACAUCAUGGAAGGAGGGAGACAGUUUGCUCAGGAAGAAGAAGAAGAAGUCAAUAGCAACAGCAGUAACAACACUGACACCGACAGUCAAGAAAAUGUUGCCAUGAAUGAGGAGGCUAAUGCAAGUGAUGAAGAGAGGGACGAGGAAGAGACUGUUGAAGGUGGAGAACUCGCAGAGGAAACGGAAGAUCGACGUGCACAGCUAGCUGUUGAAGAGCCACCUAGAAAGCGGACAAAGAAGACAAAGCUAGAAGAGUCAAUUAACGUUCUUGCAAGUAUGAUGGCAAAACAGGACCAGGAACUGGAAGAGCGCUUCCACCGUCACGCUGCGUCACGUGCAAGGGAACAACGAGAUUGGAUGCACGAAAUGCUUCAAGCUAAUGAAAGGAGCCGAAGGGAGGAACGCGAAAUGAUGAUGCAUUUAUUCCAACAAGUUAUGCAACAAAAUCAGCCACAUACCAAUCAACAGCAUUCACAAACAUUUGCGCACGUACAUCAUCGCAUCAAUCUCACUUUCAAUAUCCUGUUGCAUCUUCAUACUCGCCAAAUGUUACUCCUCAUCUGCUUCAUACCAGAAAUAUUCAACUCCAACACACAUUUCUACACCAUCACGUUCAUCAUCACAACCAAGACCUCCCUCCACACACUUUCGUUCAGCAUUGCGACCAACACCUCGCCCAACACCUCGUUCAACACCGUCUGAUCACAAGAUAUUAAUCUACCAACUGAUUUACAAGCACCAACCUAUUCCUCAUUGUGAAAAUCUCAUCCAACAACUAUUUAACAGCUAGUACAGUAUUUAAACAUGGGGAAAAUCAUGAAAUAAAACAAACCAAAAAAUAUACAGAAGAUGUACAGAAUAUAUUUUUAUUUUUAACAUGUAUGCUUCUUUUUACAGUUAAGUAUUAACAUUGUUAGUAAGGCGAGACUUUUUUAUCUACCUUGUUUCGCUAACUUAUUUUUUUAAAGAUCAUUAAGCGAUUGCAGAAUAAAAAUAUAAUUUAGUUUUUUUUUUAUAUAUAGAAAAUCCAGACGGAGAAAAUAAAAAUAAAAUUUUAUUGGUAAAUUUAAACAGUGUAGUAAUGGGGAUGGUUAAUUGCUUUAAAUUUACAUAAUUUGGAAGAAAUAUACAUAUCUUAUAUUUGGAGAUUUCAGGGCAGCAGUGGGUGUAAGAAAAAUAAAGACAUACAUUUUUUUUUAUCUGAAAUUUAUAUUUUUUGUGGUGGUUUUUUUCGCCAAGAAUAAAAUUGUAUUUUCAUUUUCAAGCAUCAUUAUUGGUAGGCGGCGGAUUUGCUGAACAAGGUAUAAAAAAAAGUCUCGCCGAAUAUAAUUAUAAAUUAUUUUUAAAAAGUCAAAACAAACCAAGAGAUAUGUAAAAAAGUAAAAUGCAAUAUAUAUACAUAUAUAUCUCUUUCAACAUGAACCUUGACAAUCAUAAUUUACGGAUGCGGUUAGUUGAAUAAACCUUGAAAAAAUAUGAAAAUGUUUUAAUUACAUAUGUCAGUAUUUUAAGCUACUUAAUAACUUUUAUACAGCUAAAACUUGUCUAAGUUUUACAUGCUAAACUGUUUUCAAAUGAUCAACAAUCUGUAAGUCAAAUUUUAUCUAAGUCUUUUUGGAUUCAACUUGGGCAAGUUCAACUGUACAGCCAUGUUUUAAUUUGUUUCUAAAUCUAUGUUAAAAAGUAUGUAAAUCAUUAUAAAACAUGUUUUUAAUAAAAUAUUUGUUUUGUUAUAUUAUUGUUCUAAAAUUAUUUACAUUACCUGUUGAGAUAUUUACAUUAGGAAAAAACCCUUUAGAUGGAGAAAUGUUCUUUGUUAUACUUCAUAAGCUUAAGUUAUAUUGGAGUCUGUACUACUACUUAUUUGUUUAAUUAAUAUCUGUAACCAAUAAUAACAGCAUGCUUAAUGGUUAUACUUCAUUAGCUUAAGUUAUAUUUUAGUCUGUACUAAUAAUUAUUUGUUUAAUUAAUGUCUGUAAACCAUAACGCAUGCUUAUAUUUUUAAUAAUUUAUGUAAGUAACCAAUAAUAAUAGCAUGCUUAUAUUUUUUCAUUCCUUUUAUAUUUUCACAUCUCCUGAACUAAAAAAUAUGCAAUACUGGAAAGCAAUUGGUUACCAUAUAAAAAAGAUAUGCAAUACUGUAUAUAAAAAGGAACACAUUUAUUGGAAAUAUAUACUGUUGUUGAUAAAAAAUAAAAAUUACUUAAAGGAAAGUAGCUACCCUAGUCUAAUAUUUCA